GCGCGCUGUUUGAGCGCAUUGAAACCUUGCGCCAUGUUACCACGGUAUUCAGUCGCGCGCCAACUCUCGAAUCGUGCGUGAGUUUUAUCUCGUGGUUCUACACGUUGCGGACUCCGUUGGCGCUGUUGAUAAAAAAAAAAAAAAAAAUAAGAAUAAAGAAGUCAGGUUUCGUGCGACGCUUCUCCCUGUUAUGUAUAUCAUAUACGCGAACGAGGAGAGGAGUUAAAAAUAAAGGAACAUUAAAAGAGCGCGAGAGUAGAGUUAUAAAAAUACAUACGCGCGGACACUUAUCCGAUGAAAUUGAAAGCAACCGAAGAGCGAAAUGUACCCGUACCGUUGGCUCUAGAUAACAGACUCAUCGCCGGGGGCAAUAACUCACACGUGUUCCUCAACUCCGGGCAAUUUAAUAACAAACACGUAAUACGCGGGCUAAUUCUUGUGAGACGCGCGUGAAUGAGCCUGGCCUACGCCUCCCUCCUACGACUGACAUUAUCGCGGAGGCGGGUCGUCGUCGAACACGACCGAGAUACUCGCGUGUAAGAUAUUCGGUGGAUGAACAGUGUGCAGCGAGGAGCGGAUACGUCAGGUAUACGUGGUGGACCUUUGCCGUGGGGUGCGGAGGGUUUUUUUCGUCAGUACAACAAGAAAGUAUACGUGCGAACUAUUGUAUACCGAUAUUGCGCGCACAUACGCAAGUGAACAUCCCACCGCAUACUCGAGGUUUUCAAGAAUUUUGAUAAAGUGACAGUUUGUUAAUUUGAAAGUUACCGGGCUAUUAUGUGUUAUACAUUUAUACGUAUAUAUAACAAGGAAGGAGAAAAGUAGCAGGACGUGCGUUCCGCAUCGGCGUACGAGAAGAGACUUGGAAGAGUUUGAGUCCGCGGUAUUAUGCGGGAGUGAAGAUCGGUGAAGUUCGAAUAGUCUGUCAAUGAUGGAAUCACCGGUGAUGUACGAAUCAGCUGCGCAUCAGGCGCAGUCCCAAGGUGUUCCGGCGGACCUUAAGAAAUCCUCCCAAGUGUUGAACAACAACUCGGCCCUUCAAGUGAACCACAACCAGCAGUCCGGCGGCACGGGCGGAACGGGGGUUAACAAGGUGUCGGCGAGCAAGGCGACCCUCAACCAGCAGUACGCCGAGCACUGCGCGGCAGCGGGCGAACUGACGGACCUCAACACACCCGAGAUAUCGCUCGAUCUUCAGCAUCUGAUCGACGAUUCACACUUCAACGAUGGUCUCCUCGACAUGUUGGGGGGCGGUAACGGGAACGGGAACAACGCCAGCGGCGGCGGCGGCGGCGGAGGUGGAGGCCCAGGUUCCAACGGAAUGAAGCACUCGCGAAACGCCGGGUUCCCAGGGCGAACGACGCUCGCCUACAUGCCGCAGCCCGUACACAGCGGCGCGAGCUAUCACCAAGGGAGCAACAGCUGCAGCGACAGCAACAGCUCGAGUUCCGAGUCCCCCAGCAUAAAGGAAGAGCCCCUCGACCCCGCCGACUAUCGGCGUCACUGCCCUCAGUACCCCGCAGGUGCCGGCGCCUACAGCCCGGCGAACGGCGCCGGUCCCUUCGCGAACGGGGGGCCGACCUUCACGACCUUGACGCCCAGCACGGUCCCCGGGGGUCACCAGCAGCCGCGGGUCCCCAUGAAACCCGUGAUGUCGCACCAGCACCAGCACCAGCACCCCCACCCCCACCCCCAUCAGCACCAGCACCAACACCAGCACCAGCACCCUCAGCAUGCUGCGGCCGCCGCGGCCGCGGCAGCGGCGAGGAAACAGUCAAAGAGCAUCGACAAAGCGAGCGACGAGUACCGGCGUCGCAGGGAGCGGAACAACAUUGCGGUGAGGAAGAGCCGCGAGAAGGCUAAGGUCCGUUCGAGGGAGACCGAGGAGAAGGUGAAACUACUCGUCAAAGACAACGACCUCCUCAAAAAGAGGAUCGAACUCCUUACCGAAGAGCUGAGCGUCCUCAGGUCGCUCUUCAGCAGCGUCGGCGUGGUACCUGAGCAGCUGCAGCGCGAGAUCUCGAGGCAUCUCGAUCAGUUCCAACAGCACGCUGUCGGGCCCAUGUAGCAGCGGCUCUCGCGAUCCUCCCGUCAAAUCCCAUGCAAAGCUCGUUGCUUCGGCCCUCGAGCUCCGGCUUCUUCGCUCCGCCGUCCCCAGGGAGCGAGUAGCUAUUCGAGGAGACUCCGAGGAAUAGAGCUGCAGGAAAUUGGGCCCGAUUCGUCGCGCGACACCCACGUUUACCGUUACGCACGGUCGUCGGUCAAUAACUGCGGCAUAUUCAUGUAAUAAUAAGCGAAAAUUGCUAAACGAACAAUCGUAUAGUCGUAUAUGUAUAUGUACAGUGAUUUAACGAAAAACAGUUACAUUAUUUAUACACCUACUACGACGGCCAUGACUGUAUGUACUACAGGUAUACGAGCUUCCUCGUCCAUGUAUUGCGUGUGCAUUACGACCCGGCGAACAGUUCGCGUGAACCGAAAGGAUUCGCAGGUGAGGCAGGCAAAGUUGAAUCUGUUUAGGUGAUACCAUGUUUCGCGUUAACCACUCUCGAUUGACCGAACGCUUCACAGAAUCCUCGUGGUACGCGCGUAUACGUUGAAUGUACAAUAUGAAUGCUGUGGGGUAUAAUUGUGCAGUAUAAUUGUGGUAUUGCAAUUGUACAUACAUUUCAUUAUGCAUAUCUACCUACAUAAUUACGUGUAUAUGCGUGAAUGGGGCAUCGUCACCUACACAGUUCCCGUGAGCCUGUACCUAUCUACCUACUUACCUACCUACCUACCUACCUACCUACCUACCUACCUGGUAUAUCAAUCUAGUUGCGUGGGCAUUGAGAACUGGCGACGACGGCCUUCUCCGCUUUCAUUUGAUUAUUACAGAACCGCCAUUCUAUCAUAGGUACAUACUGCAGACUUCUAUACUCAAGAUGAAAUUGCCUGUGUGUGUACCCAUUACUUAUACGCGUAUCAACGGUGGGGUUGUUCAAACGGUCGUGCGGAAUAUCGAUGCAACGUGACCGCUGCCAGCAGCCCGUAAUAUUCAUUUCUUACCUAGGUUUUAUAACCUAUAUCCACCUUAAUCUUACGUUAGAAAAAAAAAAAGAAAGUAAACGUCCCGUAAGAUUGGGUCGUCUCUGCGCGAAGAUACUUGGUUCAACGGUUCAAUUUUUAUACAUACAUACAUAUAUAUAUAUAUAUAUAUAUUCAUGUAUUGUAACAAAUUUACAUCGUUGUAUAUUCCGUUCAUGGCGUUGUGAUUACGUACGAUUAUUACGUUAUUAUGAUUAUUGAUAGAUAUAAUAUUGUUAUAUCAAUUAUUAUUGUUGUUAUUAUUAUUAUUAUUAUUAUUAUUAUUAUUAUUAUUAUUAUUAUUAUUAUCAUUACACACUUUUUCGUAAAUGCCCCGUCGACAUGAUCAUUUGUUUGACAUUUAUACAUGCAGUCACAUCAUCCUAUACUGUAUAUCAUAAAUUCACACCGAUACGCCGGAAAACACCAAGCAAUUCAUGUACACAUAGGUCCGUCGUUACGUAUGAGAUUCUGCUAAAUUGCGAUUAUCGUCAUUAUUAUAAGUUGUAUAAGAAUCGUAAUCAUUAUGUUUGAUGUGUAACUGUUAAUUAUGAUCGUAGAUAUUAUCAUACGCUAAUAACAAUAACGACAUAUAUAUUUGUUGUUGUUGUUGUUGUUAUUGUUACUACUACUGAUACAUAUUAUCAUUAUCAUCAUCAUCGUUAUUAUUAUUAUUAUUAUUAUUAUUAUUAUUAUUGUUAAUAUUAAUAUUAUUACCAUCACUGUCGUAAAUAAUAGUUACCGAAUAUGCUGUACUAGCUCUAUCGAUAGAAAUUUAAUGUAUUUAUAAUUAAGCAGUUUUAUCUCAAGCCCCCGAUCCGACACUGUACUAUAUGUCUGUCCGCAUCCCAUAAUAACCUGUUGUAUUAUAAUCAUAAACAUAUGCAUAUGAAAUACAAAAAUAUAUAUUAAAUAUGUA